UCUGUAAAAGGGCUUCACUUGAACCUGGUUUUCAGAACCAAAAUGGAUAUGAGCUCCUUGGUUUCUGUACUACUGGGGAAUUAUGUCCCAUGGCUCGUGGGCCUCACUAGAGAAGAUGCACACCGUAUAUUCCCAUACUUCCAGAAGAAUGUGUAUAAUAUCUUGCGUGAGAGUGGCUAUAUGCACAUCCAGGCAACCAAACCAGACACAGCAGGAUGUGGAUUAAACAACUGCCCAGUGGGGCUGGCUGCAUACAUUUUGGAGAAAUUCUCCACCUGGACGGAUAACUCAUUUCGGAACUUGAAUGAUGGGGGUCUGGAAAGGAAGUACACUCUGGAUGAACUUUUGACCAAUGUGAUGAUUUACUGGGUGACUUCUUCCAUUGUAUCAUCAAUGCGCUUUUACAAGGAGAACUUUUCCACAAAUCCAAACACAACUCCUGCUGCUCGGUAAGGGGGUAUUAGAAACUUUUC